AUAUUUAAAAGCAAAGCCGCGCGGCUCAGUCAUGAGAAAGUGCUGCGAGAGUGAGAGACGCUUAGUGUACACCAAUUCUGGAAUAAUUUAGAAAAAGCUUGUGCCUGGAUACGCCACCGGAAUGAAGUCACCAAAGAUAAAGUCUCAGAGUAAAUCUUUCCUGGAGGAUGAUGACGACCUGAACGCGGUGCUGUGCGAGUUCGACGCAGUGAUUGAGGAUUUCACUUCGCCCUUUGAGAAGAGACAUUUCCGAUAUGAUGAGCACUUAAAGACCAUGAAGAGGCGGAGCAGCGCGAGCGUCAGCGACAGCGGCAUCAGCGACUCAGACAGUGCAGAGUCUCUCAACAGAAACAGCUUCAGCUUCAGUGAUGAGAGGCUCAACUCUCCUGUGUUCUCGCCUUCACCUACCAGCCCUUCAGUUACAUCACCCAAACCAAAACUUGGUGACACAAAGGAACUGGAAGACUUCAUUGCUGACCUUGAUAAGACAUUAGCAAGCAUGUGACCUGGAGUUAGUUACCAAGUUUAACACCAUCAGGAAGAGCAAGCAGACAGCAGGCCUCACUGGACAGGCCCAGUCAUGGGCCAACAUGAUGAUGAAACUCAUGAAGACAUCUCUGUUUCAUUCAUAAACACCCACACUAUAAGGACUCCUUGUGCUUCCUGUGGAAAACUUGAUCUGGAAGAUUAUUUAAAUGGCUUUUUAUAGAAAUUAUUAUUUGUAAUUGUAUAGAGCUGGUUAUUGUAAAUUUUAUCAGUCUUUUGUGAAUAUAUAUUUUUGUAUUUUUAUGUAAAUAGUAAUUGUGUCAAAGUUUAUCGCCUUGUUAUAAGAAGCUUUUCCAUUCAAGAUAUUGCAUUAUUAAUUAAGCUUAACAGAAAUGCACACUUAAUUCACUAGAAAAACUGGAAAGCAUCAUUAAGUGUAUUUAAUACAACUACCUGAAAUUAAAAUGAAAAACUGUGACUAUAAA